AUGUCAGAUCCAAUUGAUUUCAUUGACCUAACAGUAGAUUCUCCAAAGGAAAAAUAUUUAAAAUCACGAAGCAAAAACGAUGAAAAUAUAUCUAAUAAUAGUACAACAAAAUCAAAAAAGUAUAAGUCAUCUAAACAACAAUUAACUGAACUUUAUGAUUCUGUGAUCGAGAUAUCAAUUGGAAGUACUUACAAAGAUGUGGAAGCAAUGGAAAUUAUAGAUGUAGAUAAUAUUAAACCAUCAGAACAGAAUGCAAUAUGUUAUGAUUCCACCCAAGGGAACUCGAUUAUGUUAACUUGCCCAAUAUGUUUUGAAAAAUUAUCUUCUCAAAUGAAACCAAUGUCUACUCGUUGUGGACACAUAUUUUGUGCACAUUGUAUAAAGCAGGCAUUACGUCUAGCUAAAAACUGUCCAACCUGUAAAAGAGCUUGCAAAUUCCAAUCAUGUACCCGUUUAUAUUUUUAA